AUGGUGGAAGGACGCCCAAAAACAGAAAAAGAGCUUAAAAAAGAAGCAGAAAAGGCUGCGAAACUGGCCAAAUUCGAGGAGAAACAAAAAAAGCUCGCUGAGCAAAAGGCCAAAGCUGCAGCUUCAGCAAAACCAGCGAAAGAAUCGAAAGCCAAGAAGGAUCCCGCAGCGAAUGCGACUCCUGUCGAUAAAACCGUAGCCGGAAAUAAGAAAGAUAUCUCAAACGAUAUUCCAACUGCCUAUGCGCCAAGCUACGUCGAAUCCGCAUGGUACGCGUGGUGGGAGAAGCAAGGAUUCUUCAAACCGGAGUAUAUUGAAAAGGUGUCGAAGAAUAAGAAUCCGGAAUCUUUCACGAUUUGCAUUCCGCCACCGAAUGUGACGGGAACCCUUCAUGUCGGACACGCUUUGGCCACAACUGUUGAAGACACAAUCACAAGAUGGCACCGAAUGCAGGGCAAACGUGUUCUUUUCAAUCCAGGAUGUGAUCAUGCUGGUAUCGCGACUCAAGUGGUCGUCGAGAAGCGAUUGAAACGCGAGAAAGGGCUCACCAGGCACGAUUUGGGACGGGAUCGCUUCAAUCAAGAAGUCUGGCACUGGAAGAACGAGAAAGGGGAUGUGAUCUACGAUCAAUUCCGUAAACUCGGAGCAUCGGUGGAUUGGGAUCGCGCCGUGUUCACAAUGGAUCCCAAGAUGUGUCGAGCUGUGACUGAAGCAUUCAUCAGAAUGCAUGAAUCGGGAACGAUCUACCGAUCGAAUCGGCUUGUGAACUGGAGUUGCGCACUUCGAAGCGCCAUCUCAGACAUUGAAGUGGACAAGAAGGAGUUGACCGGAUCGACAAUGAUUGCGGUUCCGGGAUAUGAGAAGAAGAUUGAAUUCGGGGUUCUUAAUUCGUUUGCCUACAAGAUUCAAGGAAGCGACGAGGAGAUCAUUGUAUCAACGACUCGUAUUGAGACCAUGCUCGGUGAUUCCGGUGUUGCCGUUCAUCCCGACGAUCAACGCUAUCGGCAUCUAGUCGGCAAGAAGUGCAUUCAUCCGUUCAUUCCGGAUCGUGAGCUCCCGAUCUUCGCCGAUAGUUUCGUCGAGAUGGGAUUCGGUACCGGCGCGGUGAAAAUCACACCGGCUCACGAUCACAACGAUUAUGAGGUCGGAAUACGUCAGAAGUUGCCAUUCCAUACAUGCAUCACCGACGACGGUUUGAUCGCGGAGAAUUGCGGAAAAUUCUCGGGAAUGAAGCGAUUCGACGCGAGAGAAGCUGUCAUCGAAGCGUUGAAGGAAUUGGGAUUGUAUCGCGGAAAAGAGGACAACCCAAUGGUUGUGCCGACGUGCAGUAGAUCAAAAGACGUCAUCGAGCCAAUUCUCAAGCCUCAAUGGUACGUGAAAUGUCAACAUAUGGCUGAUAAGGCGAUGAAGGCUGUGGCUGAUGGAGAGCUGAAAAUUGUGCCCGACUUCCAUGUGGCUACGUGGAAUCGUUGGUUGGAAUCGAGCCGUGAUUGGUGCAUUUCAAGACAACUUUGGUGGGGCCACCGUAUUCCGGCAUACUUUGUGAGCUUCACUGAUGGACGGGCGCAGACUCUUCCCGAGGAGGAAUAUUGGGUCUCGGCGCGAACCGAAGAGGAGGCGAGAACGAAAGCGGCGAAGAAAUUUGAAGUUGACGAGAAGCUUAUCAAAUUGAAAUGGGAUGAGGACGUUCUCGACACGUGGUUCUCGUCGGGAAUCUGGCCAUUCGCCUUAUUUGGAUGGCCGGAACCCACCAACGAUAUGGAAUUGUUCUUCCCAUCGGCGGUUCUCGAAACCGGCCACGAUAUUCUGUUCUUCUGGGUCGCCCGAAUGGUGUUUAUGGCGCAAGAGCUCACCGGCAAACUUCCAUUCAAAGAAGUGCUUCUCCACGCGAUGAUUCGCGAUGCGCACGGUCGAAAAAUGUCGAAAUCUCUUGGAAAUGUCAUUGAUCCGCUCGACGUGAUUCGCGGAGUUUCGCUCGAAGGUCUCAACAUGCAAUUGUUGACCGGAAAUCUUGACGAGAAAGAGAUCGCCGUGGCGAAAGCCGGACAGGCGAGAGAUUAUCCGGAUGGAAUUCCGGAAUGCGGUGUCGACGCCCUUCGAUUUGCACUUCUUGCUUACACGAGCCAGGGAAGAGACAUCAAUUUGGAUGUGCUCCGUGUGCAAGGCUAUCGAUUCUUCGGAAACAAGAUCUGGCAAGCGGUGAGAUUCUCGCUGAGCAAAUUUGCGGAGAACGAGAAGCCGACAUACAAAAUUAAUAAAUCGAAAUUGUCGCCGUCGGAUCGCUGGAUUCUGUCGAGACUUUCAUUUGCGGUCAAGGAAACUAAUAUUGCAUUGAAGGAUUACAAUUUCACGCAGGCGACGACGACAACCUACAACUUCUGGCUUUAUGAUCUUUGCGACGUCUACAUUGAGGCGAUCAAGCCGGUUUUAUAUGGAGAUAAUGCCUCUGCUCGCCAAGUCGCACUGUCUGUGCUCUAUCUUUGCAUUGACACUGGUCUUCGACUCAUCUCACCGAUGAUGCCAUUCAUUUCGGAAGAACUGUGGCAGAGGCUUCCAAGAUUGCCGGAUUGUGGUUAUGAAGCCCCAUCGAUUAUUGUCGCCGAAUAUCCCAGAGAAAAUCAAUAUGAUUAUUAUGAUGCCGCGAUUGAAUUGUCGUUUGAAUUUGCGAAAGAUGUCGUUGGAAAGAUAAGAUCAUUGAGAGCUGAUUAUGAUUUGACGGCGAAGACGAAAAUUAGCAUUCAAAUUGUUCCUGAAACUGAGAAAGAUGCUGGUGUUCUGAAAGAGGUUUCCGAUAUCAUCGCAACGUUGACUUGGUGCAAAUCGGUUUCAAUUCUUGGAGUUGGCGAGACGAGCUCGGUUGAGAAGGGAAGUGCCCAUCUGGCGUGUGGAAAUCGGUGUCAAAUCUACAUCAAUCUGACAGGAAUCAUUGAUAUUGAGAAGGAGAUUGUGAAAUUGACAGCGAAAUUGCAAAAGAAUGAGAUUGCGGUGAAGAAGAUUCGCGAUUUGCAGGAUGGUGCUGAUUAUGAGACGAAGGUUCCGCUGGGAAUUCGAACGCGAGAUUUGGAAAAGAAAUCCUCUUUGGAAAAAGAGAUUGAGAACAUCACUGCUGCGAUUGCUCAGCUUAAAUCUGUUAAUUAG